GUGUGUUACGGACUUUAGAGUCAGCAAAACAAUUAAAAUAGAUUGUAAUAGUCUAAGAAAAACACGUACUCAAAAUACGAUAACAUUCAGCAUGCUAGAAAUGGGCAGAUGGCACUGUACUACGCCAUAUCUUUAUGUUUUGCGACAAACGACAACUUUAUAAAAUCAGUGUAGCAACUUUUAAAAAUCAUCAUAUCGUUUACUUGGCAAAUUCGAAGGACGAACUUGUCUUAGAUUUCACCCAUCUAAAUCAUAUCAUAUUUGCACAUAACAAUAUACCUACUUACUUCCCAUUAAAGUAUAAAUUCUACAAAUAAAUAAUACUCAACAAUAUUUAAAAUAAAAUGAGCCAAGAACGUUUAUCGAUAAAACCUGAUAACAUUGAAAUCUUUUGUACAGCACUAAAGCCGCCAUGUUUUGUGGCCAGAUGACGUCACAGUGGCACGAAAUUUUGUUUGACGUUUCAUUUCCAUAGGUUUCCUACUUCAUUGGCUGUGACCACAAAUCAUAAAAUAUAAAUACUGUCACAAAAAAUGGAAAUUUGAAAGUUCGUCGAGAAACAUAAUUAUUAGUUACAUGCAUGUAUUAAUAUAGUAUUUACUUGCAAUCAAACAAUUGCUUGUACACAAAAAUGAAACUCGAAGUAUUGUUGACAACUGUGCUAGCGAUAAGUUACCUUAAAGUUGAAAUCAGCUGUUUAAGUAGGAGAUGUAUACAGUGUAGAUCUCGAGGAGAGCUUGGGUCAUGUGGAGACCCUCUACCCUUUAAUAUAAGUGACCCUGAAGCAGAACAUGGUGUGCAUAUUACUGCUUGUCCAUCUGGAUGGUGUGCCAAGAGAAUUCAGGGAACCACUGGCACAUUUAGAACUGAUGAUUAUGGUGCGGUAACAGAAAGGUCCUGUCUUCAACAGCCUCCUAGUGAUUAUGAAGAAAGAUGUGCGUAUACCAUGUGGAAAUAUAAAAGGGUAUAUGUAUGUUUCUGUAAUGGUGAUUUGUGCAAUUCAGCUCCAACAAUGAAGAUGUUUUCUCCUGUAUUAUUGCUCAGUAUUUUUAUCUUCAUAAAGAAUUAUAUUUAUUAAUCCACAUUGAUAACUUUAUCUUCGAUCUUAUGUUAUUGUUAAUUUUUUCUUUUAUUAUCCACAAUACUCAGUGUCCAUGAGCUGAUCCAAGAAUGAAUCUCUGUUGUAAUUUUAUUUAGUUUUCAGUUAUGUGUGGUAGCUCACCUGGUAUCAAUUCUACUUGGGCAUGGCCUAACAUUGGCAAAUCAGGGUCAGAAUUACUUUAGUGCGAAGUUAAAAUUAGUAAAUAAGAGAAAGAUAAUACUGAUAGACAGCUAAUUGAAACUAGUAGUUGCUUAAGGUAACGUUCGAUCCAUUACUCUAUAUAAUAAUAUUCAAGAUAAUUUUAUUGCAAUUUAUUUUACUAUUUUAUAUACAAAUGUAUUCAAAUUUAAACUAUAUCAAUCAAUUUGUACUAUUAGUCUUACGUCUACGUACACUAAUAUUAUACAUAAGAUGUUUUUGAUAAAAUAUAAACUUAUUUUGAUUGGAAUUUACAGCAAAAUCACAAUAUUAAUUUUAUAAUUUUUUAUUAGACAAAUAUAACUUGUUUAUAUUUAUUAGGAAUAUUUGGAAAUUUAUCCGUUUUAUAUUUUAAGCCUGCUAAGGCUUCUUCCAAUGACAGGUUUACCAGAUUAGAUUUAUGUUUAUGUGAAAAUAUAUACUGUAACAUUCCAUUAAAUUAUAUUUUGAAGAAAAAAAACACUAGAGAUUAAAAAAAUGUGCAUCAUUAAUAAUGAUUCCGUCCAUUGUUGUGUAUUUUUAAUUGAUUUAUGUGUUCUGCAACUGUGAUUAGUUACUAUUGUGACGUAAUCUAGUAUGUAAUGAAAUAAAAUUCUCAUGAUAUGCUACCUGUAAUGGUUUAAAUCUGAUAUAUUGGUACUUAAAUUAUUAAUGAACAUGUUCAUAAUAUAAAUGACAUUAUGUACCUUAGAUUUAUAUAAUAUGUACUUAAGAAGGAUCAAAGUAUCACUGCCUACGCGUUGCGCAUAAUAGUUUGUGUACUCAAUGUAAUAUAUUUUAUCUAUACUCCGAUAUACACUGCGAGCACUGUAAGAUGUGACGUCAAUUUAGUAUACUGCCAAGCCGUUGCUUUAUAGUCAGUUAGCUAUACUGAGUGCUUAGUGCGAGCUUUUUAACGUUCUCGAUAGGGUAUAAGUUAACUCAAAUUUGCUUGCAAUUAAAACAGCGCUCCUAGCGGCAAACGUUCUAACUCCAUACAAAAUUGAGUUAACUUCUACGCUGUAGAGAACGUUAAAAAACUCGCACUAAGCAUACUGGUUACUGUUUAAAAGGGAACGCAGUACGGUAUACUGACAUAGUUUACACUUCAACAAAAAAAAGGUUUAAAUUUGGAUUAAUUUAAAAAUUGAAUAGUCAAGUUAUUGUCAGUUGAAUGAAUCUCAUAAUAAAAGUAUAUAUACUUUUUAGUAUAAGAAAAUAUUGUUUUUGAAGCAACGUAACAUAUAAUAACUUAAUCACUAAAUUAUUGAAAUGAGGUUAUGCACGGUAAGGGUGAUCACGUAAUAAAAGCAGAGUACCUUACCUCAGAAACAUCAGUGCUUACAGUAGAAAAAUGGCCAUUAUCUAUGACAUCAUAUAUUUCUCUAGGAUAGGUACUGCCACUGUAUACUAUCAAUCCAUAAUGGAACAAAUUUCUCGCCAGUAAGAUCAAUGUACAGUGCUCGCAGUGUAUAUUGGAACAUAGCCUAUCAUGGAUUGGUUUGAGACCGCCUCAUAAGUAAUGUGGUCUCGAAUUUUUUUAUCCUCUUAAUGGCAUUCUGUUAAUUCAAAUACAGAAUGUCCAUGUUUUUUUUUUAUCUAUAAGAACAUUUUUUACUAAAACGACAAUGCGCGACACUACGGUAACAUAACAGAAAAAUAGCGAUUUACUAGAAUUAGUGUCCGUUCUGUGUUUGAAGUACGAUCACAAUCACUGAUCUCACAUCAUCUUAGACUUAGACAACAUCGAAUAUAUAGAUCCACUUUAUGAAUUCCAUUUUUUAUCUUGAACAAACAAUGCGGUAAACACUAGUUUUAAUAGCUACCCACAUUUUUUUUUAAAAGUAGAGCGGUUAUAGCCGACUUAACCUAAAAGGUGUAUGGCUCUAAUAAAGAAUUUAAAAAAAGAGCGGUUAUAACUAAUUCAUAUUUUAUGAACCACCAAGGUAGCUGACCAGAUGGCACACACGUUUUCCAGAAAUUCCUGUGCGUUUACAGAUUUUGAAUUAUUUCAUUAUGUAAGAAACUUUAGUAAGUGAGUUCUGUUCUGUCCUGUCACCGGUUUCAUCUUCGAGAACAUUUCCAAAUACACCACGUGUAAGGCCCUUAAUUUUAUAUAUUAAUUAAUUGCUGUGACAAACAAUUUCAGCAAUGUCCUUUUGAUUUUUUAAAUAUUUUAUUUUGGAAAAUAAGGGUUAAGAGCUUACUAUAAAAGUGGGUAGCUUUAGAUUGUGAAAUAUAUAUACAAUAAGAACACCAUUUCAUGAGAAUUUAAUUUAUUUUUAUUUUAUAUAAUGUUUAUAUGGCUUUUGAGUAUUUUUUACAUUUUAUACAAUUAAAUAUUUUUAUAUUAUAGAAA